ACGUGAUUGUUUAUCAACCACACUGUGGCGCAGGAGAGCAAGCGAGCGCAUGCGCACUGUGCUCAGCCGGACUCUCCGCUCCUCCUCGCGCAGCUGCUACACCGGUCUGCAGACAUGGCCAACGUCGCAGACACUAAACUCUACGACAUCCUCGGAGUAUCUCCGUCAGCCACCGAGAACGAGCUCAAAAAGGCAUACCGGAAAUUAGCGAAAGAGUACCACCCCGAUAAAAACCCUAAUGCAGGUGACAAGUUUAAGGAGAUCAGUUUUGCAUACGAGGUACUGACUAACCCGGAGAAGAAGGACUUGUAUGACCGGUAUGGGGAACAGGGCUUGCGUGAGGGUGGCGGUGGAGGAGCCGGAAUGGAGGACAUCUUCUCUCACAUCUUUGGCGGAGGUCUGUUCGGCUUUAUGGGCAGCCAGAGCAGCAGGAGCCGGAACGGUGGCCGACGGAGAGGGGAGGACAUGAUACAUCCACUGAAAGUGUCUUUGGAAGAUCUGUACAAUGGAAAAACUACCAAACUACAGCUAAGCAAGAACGUACUCUGCAGUGCCUGCAGUGGUCAAGGGGGUAAAACGGGGGCCGUGCAGAAGUGUGCCACAUGUCGGGGCCGCGGCAUGCGGAUCAUGAUCAGACAGCUGGCUCCUGGCAUGGUACAGCAGAUGCAGUCUGUGUGCACCGACUGCAAUGGAGAGGGGGAAGUGAUCCACGAGAAAGACCGCUGUAAAGAGUGUGAGGGCCGUAAAGUGUGUAAAGAGGUAAAGGUCUUGGAGGUGCAUGUGGAUAAAGGAAUGAAACACGGACAGAAGAUCACAUUCAGCGGAGAGGCGGACCAGUCGCCCAACACAGAGCCUGGAGACAUUAUACUGGUGCUGCAGGAGAAAGAUCAUGAGGAGUUCCGUCGUGAUGGAAACGAUCUGCACAUGUCCCACAGGAUUGGUCUGGUGGAGGCGCUGUGUGGAUUUCAGUUCAUGCUCACGCACCUUGACGGACGACAUCUCGUCAUCAAAUAUCCCCCUGGCAAAGUCAUAGAGCCAGGUUCUAUAAGGGUCAUCCGAGGGGAAGGAAUGCCUCAGUACAGAAACCCCUUUGAGAAAGGAGAUCUGUACAUCAAGUUUGACGUCAAGUUUCCUGAGAAUGGCUGGAUCAGCACAGAGAAACUAACGGAGUUGGAGGAUCUGUUGCCGUCGCGUACAGAGGUUCCUGUCAUCUCAGCUGAUGCGGAGGAAGUUGAUCUGCAGGACUUUGACAUCAGCCAGGGAUCAUCUGGUGGUCACCGCCGUGAAGCAUACAACGACAGCUCCGACGAAGAAGGUGGUCCGCAUGGUCCGGGGGUGCAGUGCGCCCACCAGUAGUCCCAGAAUUCUUUGCAAGUUUUUUGGGGAUGUAUUACAAUUCCCUUUUGUCGGACAGAUUCAAUCUCCGCCCUCCACAUUCUUCAUAUAGUGAACCAAACACACACACUUGCAGUAUAUAUAGACAUACAUUACAUUUAUUUACUGCAAUCUUACCUACAAAUACACUCAUUCAUGCACUGUUUUAAAAGAAAAGACAAGCAUAACUAAAGGCAAAGCAAAAUAAUUUAAUUUAUUCAUUACUACUUCAUUUCCAUUGUAGACUUUCACAGUAUAUAUGCUCUCUGAAUAUAUAAAUAUCUGUCUGUGGGGAGACAGACUGUGUUGUUUAAGUUAUAAUUAACACACGCACGCACAAAGUUGUUAAAGACUGAGGCAUUGUGGAGCUUCCUGGAGUUCAAUAAAAUGUUCAAACGUGUUUCAUUAUAUACUUGCCAGUUAUUCAGGCACUGUCAGUCAUCUUGUACUGUUGUGCUGGUUUAUAUUCAAUGGCAGGACAGAAUAGCAUGCAUGUGGGCAACACACUCUCUACUGAGAUUAAUACAAAGCAAAGCAAACCAAACCCAGAAGUGUUUUAAUGUGCUUACUGUCUAUGAUAAAGGUAUAUGAGUCAUGCAACUUAUUAUUUGCCAAAGAAACACCACAGUCUUCUUAAAAGAUCAGCAGCCAAUGUGUGCAUGCAUUGUAAGCACUAUUAUAAACCUAUAGGGGGCGGCAUUUAUCAUUGGCAACUAGGGAAGUGUUUGAAACGCGAAUACAAGUUGCUAUCGUUCAAACACAGCUACUUUUGUGCUCAUACAUCAAUAAAGUGGAUGACUGUUU